CGUACAAGUACAUACAGUAAGCCCCAAUCCGGUGCAGUUCCGUACCGGUAUUCCUACACCGUGCAGUCACAACCAGGGAGGGGACUCAACUCCCUGACUUCCCCACAAAAAAAGGCCCCAAUCACAUACGCGCACUCACCCACCGUGCACGGCUAUUGACGGCUCAAUCAACAACGCUCCCAGUGGCCCGCACGGCCUCGGAUAUACAAGUACUCAACCCGCAACCCGCAACUCGCAUAUACCAUACGUAUACUAACUACAUCCUUUUCACUUCCACUUCAUUUCGAUCACAUACACUUCACCACCUUUUUUCUUUUUUUCUUUCUUUUUUCCUUUGCCUUUGGAGAUAGAUAUAAAAGAAGAAAAAACGGAAUUUCUCGGACGACAAACACCCGGAACCACAAGCCUGGCCGAAGGGGGGCAUACUUGAGGAGGGAAGGGAAUUAAGGUUUUUUUUUUUGUUUAAAAAAAGUAUUGCCGUGUGUGGUUUGAUUACUCGGAUAAAGAGAGAAGCAGAAGAUGCUGUGGGGCAGCACUGGUAGUCGAGGGGUUGUGCGGGCUGGAUUUUUCCGGAGCAGUAAUGGCAGCAGCAGCAGCAGCAGCAGCAGCAGAGUCCUCCUUCCAUUUAUUACAACCAGUACAAAAUCGUCGUUGUUGGCUGUAUCGAGGCUGCCGAGGUCAAGGGGUUUCAAGAAUUCUGCUCAAGUGCUCGUGGUGAAACCAUUCUUACUAGCGGACAUUGGUGAAGGUAUGUCAGCUUCCUACCCGUACAGCCACCACAACCAGAAACCGACCAGCCAGCAAACCAAUCAACCCCCACGCAUCACAUAUACACCCGAGCACACAAUCCCCGGGGAAGAGGGGGUGGACUGGGAUUGAAGAGGAAGACUAAUGGGCGAAUUGGAUAAAAUGCAGGAAUCCGGGAAUGCGAAGUUAUACAGUGGUUUGUUCAGCCAGAGGCAAGAGUGGAGCAGUUUGAUAAACUUUGUGAGGUUCAGUCUGAUAAAGCUUCCGUGGAGGUAAAUUCCACUCCUUUCUUUUUGUUUCUUUUCGGGAGGGGGGGGCGUUGUGUUUCCCCCUCUUGCGGGUUCCUGAUUUACUUGUUGUUCCCGGAUAAAUGUGGGGGGGUUUGUUGCUCGCACCGGUCGGGCUUCUGGCCGGCCGAUAGGUUCGGUUUGCCAGUGCUGUGGGGUGGGAAGGAGAGAAAGGGGCGUUGCUGAUCAUUUCCCGCAGAUUACUUCACGGUACGAUGGGGUUAUCAAAAGGUUGCAUUACGAGGCUGGGGAUAUGGCGAUUGUUGGAAAGGUUACACCUCCCUUGCUGCUGAGCCCCCACCGUCCGAGUACUUCCUUUUUUUUCCUUUUGUAACGCUUACUUUCUACCAAAUUGGACUUGUGAAACUAACUGGAUUGCGGGAAGUACAGCCUCUCGUCGACAUUGACCUUCAAGCCGACAUCAACGAUCCGGAGCAACUUGGGGAGAUGCAAAGCGAGGUCCCUGCAGUAUCUGCGGUUCCAAAGCAAGCACCCAAGACACCCGAGGGCGUGAAUAGGUCUGGACAAUCCUCGACCCCGACGACCAUGCCACACGGAUCCCUCGCCACACCAGCCGUUAGGCGCGUGACAAGAGAGCAUGGCGUGGAAAUCACGGAAAUUACAGGCACUGGGAAGGAUGGACGAGUCCUCAAGGAGGAUGUGACAAGGUUUGUCGAGGCCAGGAAGUCUGGUAAGCUGGUCUCGCGGUCGUCGUCGCAACCCAGUGCCCUCCGACCCCCACAAGCACGGGCCGUCUCCCCAAGGGCGGAGACGAAGGUUCCCCUCACGCACAUUCAGUCGCAGAUGCUGAAAGCCAUGACCAAGAGCCUGGCAAUCCCACACUUCCUCUACUCCGACGAAAUAAACUUCGACCCACUAAUCCGGCUCCGCUCCACAAUCAACAAAUCCCUCAAUGCAAACUCGCCGGUGCCAAGGGUGUCCUUCAUGCCCUUCGUCAUGAAAGCCGUCUCAAUAGCUCUGGACCAAUACCCCCUCCUCAACAGCCGCCUGGAGUUUGACAGCGAUAACAAGCCAGCUCUAGUCAUGCGUCCGCAGCAUAAUAUUGGCGUAGCAAUGGACACGCCAGCGGGACUUGUAGUCCCCAACGUUAAGGACGUCAGUAGCCUCAGUAUCCUAGACAUCGCAGCGGAGCUCAGAAGAUUGCAGGGGCUGGGUGUAGAAGGCAAGUUAACCCCUGCAGACGUAAGCGGCGGAACAAUAACUGUAAGCAACAUUGGGAACAUCGGCGGAACGGUAGUAGCUCCUGUGAUCGUCGUCGGCGAAGUCACGAUCCUAGGGAUGGGCCGGGCGCAAAAGCUGCCAAGGUUCAACGAGAACGGACAAGUCGUCGCGGAGACGGUUAUGAACUUCUCCUGGUCCGCAGAUCACAGGGUCGUUGACGGCGCAACGAUGGCGAGAAUGGCGGCGCUGGUGAGGGAACUGUUGGAGGUUCCCGGGCAAAUGUUUGCCAGGAUGAAAUGAUUCACGUCACUCAGUCCCGCCGACCAGCAAAAGUUUCUCCCGAAUCGCUAAUACGGUAGGCGUCCAAUUAAUAAGUUACCCCGUUCUCCUCAAUGGCACACAAACCACACGCUAUCCACCAAUCAGACGAGCGAAUCAUCUAAGCAACCCCCGAGACGAUACAUAUGGUCAAUCAAUCAAAUAGGUAAAUAAAUGAACAAAUAAGUAACCUUAUCUCACCUACCCUACGGUAUCCACAUCCAGCCCCAGUUGCUUCCUCGGCAUUACCAGGUCUCCCUUCCCUCCCUCCUUUUUCGCCCCGUUCGAAAUCGGUCCUAUGACGCAGGUGCUGCAACCGCAACCGCAAUCGCCAUUGAAUCAAUCGAGAUCUCUAUUUUUUUCAUCCUAUUUUCAUCCACCCUUUCCUUCCCGAAUAAUGUCCCUCGAAGCGAAGCCAAUUCCCCAGACCUUUUUCCCUUUCUCUCUUCUUCUUCCCCUUCUCCCUUCCCGAGUCUGCAGCAUUCCUCGAACGUCAGUCAGGUGGCCAUUCUCCAAACUGUCAUCUUCAUGGCACUGUGCGGUGCGGGUACCCGGUAGCUUUACCCGCGGCAUUGUCUCACGCUGCGUUGCACAGUACUCGUACUUGCAGUCUACACUACUCGUAAUCGAACGGCAUUAAAUUUUGUAAAAUAUGGCCACUGUUGCAUAACCCCAAACCUCAGCUCUUUUCUGCUUAGAUCACGGUAAUGUAGAUCUUAUUCUUAGGCUCGUGCGAUAGUGGCCGUGCCCACAGGAAUAUCGUUCAAUUACGAGUACGGUUCCGCGCUGUAGCCCACCGCCGCCGGAUUGUCCCUUUUCACUUGGAUCUGGGUGGUAGUCUAUGUACUGUACGAGUACCAGUAACUUAGCGGUUCCUAUUUUUUUCUUCCUUGUUUUUUCUUUCCCUUUCUCUUCUCUCCUUUUCUUUUUCCCCUUCCGCUAUUUUUAUGCUUUUUUGAUGUCAUGUGAUGUGGUUGUGUUGCUUGGAUGACGAUGGCGAUGAGCACGGCAUUGGCGAAUGAUGAUUGAUAAAAAGUGUCAGCCCCGGGAGAGGAAGGAUGAAGAGAAGACCCAGAGAUGGAACUUGUGCCUGUUUACACAGUAUUUGUUUGUCUGUUUAGAAAUAAUUACAGUUGAAUUGAAUUGGACUUCAACAAUGAUGGAUCCCAUAUUU